GACUUGGCAAGAGCCAAAAUGCUUUCAAAGAUAUAUUCUUCAAAUAUCGACGAAGAACCUGGACGUCAUUAUGCAAUACUUCGAACAAAAAUUGACCCCAAUAGGAAGCUUGCUGGAAUUGAAUCAUUUAUUAGCUUAUUUCAUACAAAAGGAGUUACUGGGUCUCAGUAUAGUGCAUUCCAGAUGACACUUUCAAAUGGUUUUGACACCAUAAAAACAGGUUUCACGGUAAAUCCUUUAUUGUUCAAAGACAACCAAACUCGGCUAUUUGCGCACCUCACAAUUGAUGGAAGAACACAAUGUUUCAAUCAACAAUGUCCUGGAUAUGUGCAAAUAAAUUCACAAAUGCCUCUAGGUUGGCCAAUAGAUGUGACUUCUGUUAUAGGUGGACCGCAAUUUGCCCUUAAAUUGCGAAUCAAUAAGGAAAUACUUGACGGGCCAUAUUCAACAAAAUUUGUUUGGUCAUUAUACUAUGAAGAAGAGAAUUAUCUAGUUGGUUUUUGGCCCCCGACACUAUUUGGGAAAUUGAGUGAGUUUGGCAAUCAAGCUGAUUGGGGAGGAGAAGUUUACAGUCCAUUAGACCAGCCUAGUCCCCCUAUGGGUACUGGCCUUACUCUACCUGGGACAGAUACAGACCAUUUCGCUCAUAGUCGUCGAAUUGCAACUGCAUAUGAGAACGCAAAGUUUAAUUUUGUCAAUCCAAUCGAUUCAGAGGUUUAUGCAUCUAAUCCAGAUGCAUACAAUAUUAAAGAUUUAGGAAAUAUCAAUGAAUAUUUUGGACGUCUUAUUUGUUAUGAUGGUCCUGGUGGAAUCAAAGGAGCUUGA